UAGUUGUCUUUAAGAUUUUUUUCUCUGGCCUCAAGUCGUUGCUAAGAUACAUCACAACAAAAUUCUGUGUGGUUACGAAUUCUGUCUUACAUAAACCAUUCCGCAUUAGCCGGAUUUAGCUUGACAUUGCAGAUUGGCAACAACAAUAUCCGUGCAAUGUAACUUUUUAGGAUUUUGGAAAGCGCUUUUUUGAUUUAUAAAAUUGAAACCAAGAGUGAAAAUCUGCCCAACAAUGGCAACUGCGUCUGUUAUCCAGUAUGGUCGAAGGAGAGGGUCUAGUAAAACAAUGCAUGCCGUUGAGGGGAAAAAAGAACUGAUGCAACCACCAGACCUGCGACAAGUGACUAUUUUGCCCAAAACCGAAUGGCUCCGAAUUCAAGGUUGUUUGAACCAGAGUAAUGAAUACAACGAGAGUCUUAAAAAAGCAUCCCAAGAACGAGAGGCUAUGCACCUGAGAUCCAAGGAGGUGGUUAAAUUCUGGUCUAACACAAUAGCAGGGCAAAGACAAAAGAAACUGCAGGCAAAAAAGAUUCGUGAGGAAUUGGAGGAAGAGGAGAGGAAACAGAUUGAUAUAGAGGAAGCUAAAUAUCAGGAGCAAAAGAGAAAAGCAGCUAUUGAAAAGGCCAGAUGUCAACAGUACUACCAGACUGAUCGUGUCAAAGGAUUUCAUAGUGCACUCUUGCUGACAGAAGUCCUGAAGGAAAGGGAGGCCCAGAUUGAACUAAAGCAAAGGAAGGAGGACACCUCUAAAUAUGUGAACAUGGAAAUCCUGGCUAUAAUGAAGCGCAAAGAGAAUGAGGCAAUAGAGCAGGAGCAGCAGAAAGCUUUACAAAGACAGCUUGACAACCAGGCCACAGCAGAGCAAUUAAAACUACAGGCAAAGGAACAUGAGUUGGAUAGAGAGCGGAAGAGGCUGGAAGACAAGAAAGAGGCAGAUGAACUCCAGCGACUAAAGGAGCUUUUUCUGCAGGAGCAAGGUAUGCAGAAGCAACAGAAAGAGGAGGAGAAGAGAAACAUCAUGAAAGCUCAUAUGGAGCAUCUCUCUAACCGGGAUAUCAUAAGAACAAUAGAGUCACAAAAACAAGAGAUGGAGGAGGAGCGCAGGAAGCUUUUUGCAAAUGCAAAACAGAAAAUGGCAAAGUUAAGGAAAGACAAAGAGGAGGAGAUUUACAGAGAAGUCCAGAUGCACAGAGAGAGGGUCCUGAAUAAACUGGCUGCACAACAGAAGGAGCAGAAGAACAAUGAAGAGGAGAUCAUCGCCAAAGCCGUUGCUCAACAGGACGCCAGACUGGCACAGCAGCAGAAUGAGAAAGAAGCCAGGAGGAUGACCAUGCUGAAUGCCAUUGCCUCCCACAGAGAAGCCAUGAGACAAGAACAGGAGCAGAAAGAAAGAGAAGACAACCAGAAAGCUCUUGACAUGCUUUAUGCCAAGAAAGAGGCUGACAGGAUAUUUCUAGAAAAACAACACCUGAAGGCACAGAAAAUGAAAGAGGAUGGAAGAACUUUACAAGACCUCCAUGUUAAUCAAAUGGCUGAAAAACAGACAAAGGAACAGCAAAUAAGAAAACAACAACAUGACUUUGAGACUGAAAAUGCAGAGCUUAUUGCUUUGGAGGAGAAGCAGUUCCAGCAGUAUGCAAAGAAGGUGAUCAAUACAGCAACUGAGGCCAACAGAAAUACUUACCCACUCUGCAAAGCUUCUCGGGAGGGAAUUGGAGGUGGCCUUGGACCUAUCUUUGGAGGAGUCCGGCCAAGUUACUUAGUUCAAGAUGACACUGGUGUCCAGUUACCCAGUUAUGUUGGCACUAGAUCUCAGGAUGUCAAAGAGCUCAGUGAGACAUGCGAUAUCCAACAAUCCAAGAAAAGACUUGGAUUCACAUGGUAAAGAUCUGUUGAAAACAAUGACAGGUUCAAGGAAGCAUGAUUAUUAAAAAAACGAAGGAAUUCAGAAUAAUUUCAUGAGCAUUCAUGAUACACCAUUUUGUCUUUUUUGAACGUUGUAGAGACACUUAAUGUUAGGCAGGUUAUAGUCUGACAGUAAGAUACAUUGGCAUCUUGUUGAGUUCCAAGACAAUUCAUCUCAGAAUGAUGGGACUGCAAAAAUAUGAACUGCAUUUCAUUGUACUGUACUUGUUCAAUGUCAAAUAUGAAUCUAAUCUAUAGAUUUUUGUAAUUUUAGAGACUUUGAUAUAAACUAAUGAAUAAAUUGGGAAUCAAAUAAUGA